AUGUCUGCGUCAUCGACAUCUACGACCAGAGCUACCGGCCCAGUCCCCAUCCCAGUCCAGACAUGUAGUUUCUACCUUCAGAGCAGGUGCAAAUUCGGCGCGAAGUGCCGGUUCAGUCACGAACGCCCAUCGCAGGUAUGUCGCGUCUCCACGUUCUCGCCUCCUCAUCCUCUGACACGACCGACCUACCGAUAUGAUACAUCCGGCGUCCCUGCGCAGAACGUAGCUCCGCCUUCAGUCUCGCCGAGACCAGGACCCGAGGCGAACAAACCGAAGUUCAAGCGAGGCGCCCGUCCUUGCUUCGCGUGGGAGAAGACCGGCGUGUGCCCGAGAGGCGAGGAGUGCGGGUACGCGCAUGACCCUGCGAACGCACGUGUUGAAAGUGAACGUGCCCGGGAGGCGGCCUCUGCCGACCCACAGGACCAGGUCGUGGUUAGGAUGGAACGUGUUCUGAACGGGUCGAUCGCCGUCCGCGGGCAAUUGCAGCAUGCACAUCAAGAACAGGCUCGGCUCGCGCAGGAAAGCGGCCGUAUCACACAGGAAGAGCUCGCUCGUAAGGAGAGAGAACGGGCGUACACAGCUCAGCUCGCCGAGGAAGAGGAAGCGCGCCGCCGCGCCGAGGUGGAGGAGCGUCUCGAGCGCGAACGCGCUCACCGAGCUCGGCUCGCUGAGGAAGACGCUGCCCGCCGCCGUGAGUUGGAGGCGGCCGCGGCCGAGGAACGCUUCCAGGCCCGCGCGACGGAGGAGGCGGCGGUGACACUGCAGCGCGUCAUCCUUGGCUCGAUCGUCACCUUCGCCGCUGGGCUCGAGGUCCGCGCCGUCCUCACCGGCUUCGAGUGCUGCGCGGUCAAGAUCAAGAACCUCCCCGCAGACACUCGAGAGGACGAAGUCACCGAGUUCAUUACGCAGCAGGGGAUCGACCCCGCGCGAUUCCAGCUCGUCGGCGUGAAGAUGGCGCAGGACGGGAAGAAAGAAGCGGACGUUGUGACUGCUGCUGAUCUUGCCGAUCUUCUCUCCUGUGGACCCGACGGGAUCGAGUUCAAAGGCGAGAGGAUCGAGCUCCAGAUCGGCGCGUACAAUGUUCCUGGGGGGAUGGGUGCGUCGUCCGUCCGCGAUGACGACGUUCUCACCGUCUCUUGGAGAGCGCCUUCCAUCCGCUACAUUGCUGAGUACGACGACUAUGCUCGGGCACAGGAGAGGGCCCGUGAACUGGAUCGGAAGAUCUAUGCUGAGCGUCGCUUGCACGUCGAGAUGAACACACUGCCCCCUGGACGCACCAUCAAGGGCUUCAACCCCAAUUCCAUCAAAAUAUACAACUUCCCGACGUCGAUCACCGAGGACGACGUCCGGCUCUUCACUCAGGCAUCCCGUGUCAGGCCCCUACUUCAGAAGGGCAGGAGCAUUUGCUUGCCUCCCGAGCUCGCGUUCCAGCAGCUGUUGCGCGAGAUCGAACGAGUCAGCCCACACAACGUCGUUCUUCAUGAACAGUCGACUCGCGAACGCGGGAAGGACGUAGAUAGAAUCGUCUCGUACCGCAUCCGUUUCACCUCUCCCGAAGAAGCUCGCGUCGUGUACGAAGGGCUCUCCGGGCGCAUCUUCCCCGCGAUCUCUCCUAUCGCCCUCUGGCUCCGCCUCCCCGAGCCGAUGUGCUUCAACCUCAUUCUACCGAAAGAGCAGUACGGUGCCCAACGGGCGCUCUGGGACGCUCUCGUCAACUCAGAAACAGACCGAAAGGCGUGUGUCCUCUCUGUCAAGCCGGACGGCAACGUGGUCAGGGUCCGCCUCUCCGGGAACGCGAAGCAAGCCGUUGGGACGCUCAAGGUCCGGGUGGAGAACCUCGCCAGGGGUGAACCGCUCGUCGGCUGGCAUCGGUCCCUAGGCUUCUUCAACAAUCCAUUCCCGAGGCGUGUCCUCGACGAGACUGGCGCAUAUCUGCGUAGCGACUGGAGGAGACAGGUCCUUCGUGUCUACGGAGAACCUCGUGCCGUGGAACGAGCUAGGGAGAUGGUCAAGGCAGAGUUGGAGCGUCUCGAGGGGCUCGAUUUCACUGUCACCUUGAAAGAGGUUUCGGUCGCGUUCUUCGUACGCCAGGGCAUCGCGACUUUGAAGGAGCUGAUCGGGGAGGACGCCGUCACCUUCCACCCGUGGGCCCGCCGGAUCACCAUCAGUGGGGGAGAGGAAGCUCGUCACCACCUCUCCCGUCUCAUCGAAGAGUCCCUGCGUGGUGGGGUCAGCAUUGCUGAGGACGGCGAGCUCCAGUGUCCAAUUUGCUUCGACGAUGUCUCGGCGGCGUACCGUCUGGGCUGCGGGCACUCGUACUGCUCUGCGUGCCUCCGCCAUUUCCUCACUUCCGCUGUCGAGGGCGGCGACCGGUUCCCGCUCGCCUGCAUGGCCGACGAGGGGCGGUGUGGGCGCCCAAUCGCGUUGCCGACUAUCCAGGCCUUCCUCCCGCCGAACAAGUUCCUCGACCUCCUCGAGAGUGCUGUCGAGUCAUACAUUGAGAAACAUCCCGCUGAGAUCAAGCACUGCAAGACUCCAGACUGUAUCCAGAUCUACCGGGCUACGGCGGAAGGGACAGCAUCGAACGCAUUGCAGUGUCCUUCGUGCUUCUCGGAGGUGUGCUCUGGGUGUGGGGAGGACGUUCAUAGGGGUCCUACAUGUGAGGAGCCAAAACGGGUCGCUAGCUGGAACCUCGACGACGAGUGGAUGCGCGAACAAGGUUUCAAGAAGUGCCCUUCAUGCAGUACACCCAUACAAAAGACUGAAGGCUGUAAUCAUAUGGAGUGUCGAUGCGGCGCUCAUCUUUGCUGGGUGUGCAUGCGCGCCUUUGACGAUGGCCGCAGCACUUAUGCCCACCUGCAAGAAGUACAUGGAGGUAUUCAUGAGAAUGCAGUUGAGAACGCCCCACCCGCUUUGGCCAAUGUUGAUAUGAAUGAGCAGUACGAAGUUCUCCGACAGGCGGAGAGACUUCGGCUCCAACGACAGGAGCGUGAGCGUCAAAACCAGUUUCGUGGCUGGGAGCAUGACAUACUUCGUGAAGAUCGGGUUCGCCAACAGGAGGAACGGGCUCACCGUCAAGAGGAAGCUCGACGGCAGCAAGAGGCUCGCCAACGAGAGCUCGAUCGUGUUUCCAGGGAGCAGCAGGAGGAAAGACGAAGACGUCUUGCUGCGACUGGUGCGCAGGCUCAGGAAGCGAACCGUGGUCGUCAAGACGGUGGCUGGUGCCUCCUUAUGUGA